UAGAGAGGAGGGGGGGCAGAGUGGGGAGAAGCAGGAGGCGGGUGUGGAUUUAUUUCCACCUUAAAUUGUUGUCUUUUUUUUUUUUCCACGUCUUGCCUGAACCUGGUUGGAAGAAGCUCCCUGUCUUUGGAAUUGCUGUCUUAUCUCACUCUGUGUGUGCUCCCGUCCCCCCUACGGCCCCCGCCCCGACGUGCGCGUAUAGUGUAGCCUCACGCACACGCGUGUGCCUUCCUCCCCCUCGGAGUCCUCUAUAGCCGGGAGAGAGGGCGAGGAAGAGCUCUGUUUGGGAGACUCAAUGUUUCUCCCGGGCCAAGUGCCCCUUGUGCAGCCAGACACGAGCUACGGAGGAGGACGAGAGGAGAGCCCCCAGCUUGCUGUUGCUGCCGUUGUUGCCGCUGCUGUUUGAAGAGGGUAUUCUCAUAAGAGCUGAAGAGCUGAGAGACCAGAUGGCUAAUGCUAUGAAUGGCCGGAACCCUGGUGGCCGAGGAGGAAACCCCCGAAAAGGACGGAUAUUGGGCAUUAUUGAUGCUAUUCAGGAUGCAGUGGGACCACCUAAACAAGCUGCAGCUGAUAGAAGAACUGUCGAGAAGACUUGGAAACUCAUGGACAAAGUAGUCAGACUGUGCCAAAAUCCCAAACUCCAAUUGAAGAACAGCCCACCAUACAUACUUGAUAUCUUACCUGACACAUAUCAACAUUUGCGACUCAUACUAAGCAAAUAUGAUGACAACCAGAAACUUGCACAGCUCAGUGAAAAUGAGUAUUUUAAAAUCUACAUUGAUAGCUUGAUGAAAAAAUCAAAACGGGCAAUUAGACUCUUUAAAGAGGGCAAAGAGAGGAUGUAUGAGGAACAAUCACAAGACAGGCGGAAUCUCACCAAGCUGUCCCUCAUCUUCAGUCACAUGUUAGCGGAAAUCAAAGCAAUCUUUCCUAAUGGACAGUUCCAAGGAGAUAACUUUCGUAUCACAAAAGCAGAUGCUGCUGAAUUCUGGAGAAAGUUUUUUGGAGACAAGACUAUUGUGCCAUGGAAAGUAUUCAGACAGUGUCUCCAUGAGGUUCAUCAAAUUAGCUCUGGCUUGGAAGCAAUGGCUCUAAAAUCGACGAUUGAUUUGACUUGCAAUGAUUACAUUUCAAUUUUUGAAUUUGAUAUUUUUACCAGGCUAUUUCAGCCUUGGGGUUCCAUCUUACGGAAUUGGAAUUUUUUAGCUGUGACACAUCCUGGUUACAUGGCAUUUCUAACAUAUGAUGAAGUCAAAGCACGGCUACAGAAAUAUAGCACCAAACCUGGAAGUUACAUUUUCAGGUUGAGUUGCACUCGACUGGGGCAAUGGGCCAUUGGAUAUGUCACAGGAGAUGGUAACAUCUUACAGACCAUACCUCACAAUAAACCUUUAUUUCAAGCCCUGAUUGAUGGUAGCAGGGAAGGAUUCUAUCUGUACCCUGAUGGACGAAGUUAUAAUCCUGAUUUAACAGGAUUGUGUGAACCUACUCCACAUGAUCAUAUUAAAGUUACACAGGAACAAUAUGAAUUAUAUUGUGAAAUGGGCUCCACUUUCCAGCUCUGUAAGAUCUGUGCAGAAAAUGAUAAAGAUGUGAAGAUUGAGCCUUGUGGGCACCUGAUGUGUACUUCUUGUCUUACUGCAUGGCAGGAAUCAGAUGGUCAAGGCUGCCCUUUCUGCAGAUGUGAAAUAAAAGGAACUGAACCCAUCAUUGUGGAUCCUUUUGAUCCACGAGAUGAGAGCUCCCGGUGUUGUAGUAUCAUUGAUACCUUCAGUAUGCCCAUGCUGGAUUUGGAUGAUGAUGAUGACCGAGAAGAAUCUUUAAUGAUGAAUCGUUUGGCUUCAGUUCGAAAGUGCAACGAGAGGCAGAAUUCACCAGUGACAUCGCCUGGAUCUUCCCCUCUUGCACAGAGGCGAAAGCCACUUCCAGAUCCUCUCCAGAUACCGCAUCUUAGCCUUCCACCAGUACCUCCUCGCCUGGAUCUGAUUCAAAAAGGUGUAGUUCGUUCUCCUUGUGGCAGCCCAACUGGUUCACCGAAGUCUUCUCCAUGCAUGGUGAGGAAACAAGAUAAACCACUGCCAGCACCUCCACCUCCCUUACGAGAUCCUCCACCACCUCCUCCUGAAAGACCACCUCCCAUCCCUCCUGACAACAGACUAAGUAGACAUUUCCACCAUCUGGAAAGUGUGCCUUCCAGAGACCAGCCGAUGCCCCUUGAAGCCUGGUGCCCUAGGGAUGUGUUUGGGACAAACCCAUUGCUUGGAUGUCGAAUCAUGGGGGAUGGCUCACCCAAACCUGGACUUACUGCAAGUUCUAACGUAAAUGGAAGGCACAGUAGGAUAGGCUCUGAUCAAGUACUUAUGAGAAAACACAGACGUCAUGAUUUGCCUUUAGAAGGAGCCAAGGUCUUUUCUAAUGGUCACCUGGGAAGUGAAGAAUAUGAUGUCCCUCCCCGGCUUUCCCCUCCUCUUCCAACUACAUCGUUCCUCUCUAACCUAAAGUGUCCUAUUCCUUUAACAAAUAGUCUGUCGGAAAAAAUAAAAGAAAACCUAGAGGAAGAGGAUGAUGACUACAAGAUUCCUUCAUCCCAUCCUGUAUCCCUGAGCUCACAACCACCUCACUGUCAUAGCAUAAAGCCUCCUGUACGGUCAUGUGAGAAUGGUCAGUGUAUAAUGAAUGGAAUACAUGGUACCUCAUCAGAGCUGAAGAAAUCAAAUCCCCCUGAAUUAGGUCUAUAUAUAAAGGGAGAUGUUUUUGAUUCAGCUAUUGUUCCAGCGCCAUUACCACCAGCCAGACCUCCAUCCCGGGACAAUCCAAAGCUUGAUUCUUCACUCAACAGGACGCCUUCUGAUUAUGAUCUUCUCAUCCCACCAUUAGGUGAAGAUGCUUUUGAUGUCCUCCCUCCUUCCCUUCCACCACCCCCACCUCCUGCCAGACAUAGUCUCAUUGAACAUACAAAACCUCCUGGCUCUGGGAGCCGGCCAUCCUCAGGACAUGACCUCUUUCUUCCUCCUUCAGAUCCCUUUUUUGACCCAGCAAAUGGCUUAGUACCUAUGCCUCCUACUCGGAGAUUAGCAAGUGAAAAUGUCAAAACGAACAGGACAUCCCAGGACUAUGAUCAGCUUCCUUCAGCUUCAGAUGGUUCACAAGCUCCUGCCAGACCCCCUAAGCCACGUCCCCGCAAGACUGCACCAGAAAUUCACCACAGAAAAGCCCAUGGUCCUGAGGCAGCAUUGGAAAAUGUCGAUGCAAAAAUUGCAAAACUUAUGGGAGAGGGCUAUGCCUUUGAAGAAGUGAAAAGAGCCCUGGAGAUAGCCCAGAACAAUGUUGACGUGGCCCGUAGCAUCCUAAGAGAAUUUGCCUUCCCUCCCCCUGUUUCUCCGAGGCUAAAUCUAUAGCAGCCUGGAUUCAGAAUCUCUCAGAUGUAAAUCAGCAGAUGAGGAAUUCUGGGAAUGUGGAAGUGAGAGCAAAUGCAAGAUGGAUUUCAAAAGAGAACGUUUUUUUCUCUCUUUUGCAUCCUUAGAAGAGAGCCUGGCUGGUGCAGCUUAUCAAAGGAAGACAGCUGCUAUACUGAAGAUGUAAAUGGGCUGCGUGCGGCUUACAAUAUUUUUGCUAGCCAUACUUUUAAAUCAGGGUUGAACUGACAAAAAAAAAUAAUUUAAAGAAGUUUACUUCCCUUGAACUUUGAAUCUGUGAAAUGCUUUUCCUUGUUUACAAGUUGGCAAGUUACAGUUUUGUUUUUGUUUUGUUCGAUUUGAUAUCUGUACUGUGUUCCUAUAUGUGACCCUUCAUAGUGUAGUCAGGUCUGCUGUAGCAUUUCCCAGUAACGUCUCUUCCAUCCACAUCAUCAGCAAAAUCAUCAGGUUUUAUUUCAAUUUUGAUUUUCCCUCCACAUGCCCAUUUCUGAUUCUCCAAUUUAUGAGAUGUGUUCAUGGUUUGUUUUUUUUUUUUUUAAUUUUAACUUAGUGAACAAAUGCAAAAAAAAAAAAGUAUGUGGCCUUCACUACUGAGUCUUUUCUUCUGAAACCAUCAGUUUGGGGUGGCAGGAGGGGCAUGAGGGAGCUAGAAUUUUGAAUGUAUAAUGCAUUAUUUUAUCAAGGAACUAUCCUUUCUGAGGUAUUUGUGCAGUGAUGGAAAACUACCUUUCUUUUUACUGGAGAUACUGGGACGUUUCAUCUGCCAAAUCCUGAUCUAGGUCAUCACAGUUCUGCAAAAACCUAAGAGAGCUGGCCAUAUAACUGCUGCAGAUAUUGGUGAAAUCCAAAUGCAUAGGAUAAUGCUGUACCGAAGUUAUUUAAUGAGGUCAUCUGCUAUUUAUGCCUGCAAUACCUUUGGGCAUACUGAAUAAUGGGGCCUCCUUUUUGAAUUAUAUUAAUAAUUUUCACAUAAAAUUAUGGUCAAACCUUUUUCCAGAGUGGAAUACAGUUCAUUUCCUGUUUGAAUGAUUAUACUUGGUUCAUAACAGCUUCGGGAACCAGUUCAUAUUAACUUGGAAACUUUAAAUCUUUGAUGCACUGUUAAGUGCUAAUGCUACUGUGGCAAUAUUUUUUUCCAAAGUUCCUAGUAAUUUCCUCCUUGUGCACUCAAAUUAGAAUCCAUAUUUAAUUCGUAGAUUCACUUCUUCAUUGCCCCUUCUAAUUAGAUAAAAGUAUCCAAAAAUCUCUUGGUUUUAUCAUACAGAGGUGGUUGCAAUUUUGCAAAUUUUAAUCAACUGGCAAGUAUUAAGUAUCUGCUAUGCGUAGCUAGCACCAUUUUAGGAGCUGCACAAACUGACACUAGCUGACCCUAGUGUAAUUUUUCAUUGUUAUUUGUCUGAUCUUUUGUUUGCAAAAUGCUCCCUACUUUUAAAAGCCCAAAUAUUUUUUCAAAUAGCUCUUUUUGGAUUUUCGGGCUAUCUUCAUAUUUCCUUGCCUUACAGAAAGAACAAUGAGAAAUAAGAUAAAGAUAAAUCAAUGAGCUUUCUUAUUCAUUCUAAAUUGCCUGGUCUAUGUAGGAAUAUUCUUUUCUAAUAUAAACUAAUCUUCAGGUUAGUAUGUGACUUCUUCCCUCUACUUCUCCAUCAGCAUAACAUGUUGUAAAAGAUAUCCUACUUAGGAAGCCUGCCAUCAGGGAUAAAUGCACCUGCAGUCUGCAGUAUUUAAAAGAAUAUUUACCAAACUUCUGACCCAAAAUGUUGAAUAAAAAGUAGGCCCAGUGGACAUUAGUAUCAUCCAAAACUAAUUCCAGUGUUUCCAAGGUAGUUGGUAGAAGAGGGUAGAGAGAACACCACUGUGUUUAAAGCGCAAUCCUUUUCAAAGCAGGACAUAGUCUAUUGGGGAUGGAGGGGGGCAGUGAGGGUUAAGUGACUAGCCCAGGGUCACACAGCUAGUACUUGUCAAGUGUCUGAGACCACAUUUGAACUCAGGUCCUCCUGAAUCCAGGGCUGGUGCUUUAUUCACUGUGCCACCUAGCUGCCCCUGGACAUAAUCUAUUUUUAACCUUUGGGUCACAUGCUAAGAGACGAUCAAAGGGACUUGAGACUCAAGUAGACACAUAGAAGUCUUGGCUCUUCAGUUCUAUUGCUUAAUUUCUGCAUGUGUCUCUCAGCCAAUGGUAGACCUGAUGGGAAUUUGCUGUUUGUAUUCUUUGUUCACCCUGUGCAUAGGCAAACCAAAGCACGAAAUGGUCCUAUUUUUACUCUCUCUUUUCUGGGUUUCAGUAACUCAAUUUCUUCACUGUUCUUUUGACAGCAUGCAAGGCUUCCAGUUUUGUCUGUUGGUUACCUCAUAAAGGACAUACCAUAUCGUGCAUUGGCCAUGUUAAAGCAGUUUCUGAUUAUAUGUGUGUGCUAUUAAGUUGCAAGUGGCUGCUUUAUUAAAGUAAUAAUAUGUUCCUACUGCCCUCAUUGAAAUGAUGAAAAAACAAGGUAUUCCAACCUCCGUGGGUUUCAGAUUCUCAGAAUUUAAAGUGAGCCUUCACGUAUCUGUCAGAGAAGAAGGUUUAACAUUUAAUAAAUUUGAUUUGGAUCUUCAAAUCAGUGAACACUAUUUUUUUAAAGUAAAAACUCCUGUCAUGCACAGAAAAUUUCUCGACUGAGCAAAAUGUCCACUUUUUUGUUUGACAGUUUACUUUAGUUUUAUCAUCUCAGAAGAACCAAUCAAAAAUUCUUCAGCAAAAUUGAAGAGGGAUACAUCAAACAUUACAUUAAAUGUGAGAUGCUGUUUGAAAGAAUUGUUGCUCUCUUUUACAGAGGACAUCAGAUAAAUUGUUUUGAAAAUAUCUAAGAUACUAAAAACUCCCUCUACCUAAUAAAAAGUUGUGUUUCUGUAGUUAGAAAUGAUCUAGAUUUUAUGUGCCUGUAACCUAAGAAGGUAUAUAUUUAUAUAUUUUCUUUAUGUGUCAAAAAAUAUCUAAAGAAUUGUUUAUUUUGAUCAGUGUCCUGUAUGAUAAAAGGGUGAGUGGAUGAAAUUUAAAUUCCUUUGGGGUUUUUUUGUGGGCAAACUUUCCCCAUUGGCUUUCCAGUUCACUAAUCUUCAGUUUCUGCUGUUUCUUUGUUUUUUAUGUGUUAUUAUUGUACCACUAGGAAAACAAGAUUUAGAUCCCGGCCAGACUCUCUAAAACUUAACCAGAGUGGUGUCCAUGAAUAGCUUCAGUCCAACCCAAGCUAUGGCUCUUACUCUUACUUCUUUCCUAUUCCUGUCACUUCACACGUUGCAGAUGGUCCUCAGAGCCCUAAUCGUAACUCCCAAGGGCGCACUUUUUAUAACUGUGUCAGUAUUUCACAUUCCAAGAACACUUGGCAAAGAUUUCUUCAUAAUGUGAAUUUUUUAUGCACCAGAAGCAUUUCCUGUAGUUGUUUGGAAUUUUUUUCUUUCGAAUUUUCAACUUGAAGCUUUACUUUGCACUUAGUUUCUGACUUAGUUAUAUUUUAAAUUUGUGUCUUAAGCUUGACAGAUUUGGAAGCAAACUGCAAUAUAUUUUCAAUAGUUUCAGGUACUGCCUGUUAACCUGGGAUCUAAAGCUUCUAGGAAAAAUUUCCAGAAAAAUAAAAAGACAGAAAUUGAGUGCAUAUUGAAGGGUUUUCUUCCAAAUAACUAUUUUAUCAACAAAGAAAAAAAUACUUUUAAAAAUUUGUCUAACAUGUGGCAAAUAUAGUUAUGUGUUCAAUUAAUUUAUAUUUUAUUCAACGUUCUUUUCCAAUUCUGGUUAUUAUGUAACCUCAAGUACUUUAUCUGUUCU